AUGGAUUCCCAGGCCUGGAGAUGGGAGAAAGAAGACGAUGAUGGUGCCGCCCCCAUCUCAAUGGCGCAGGCUCGUGGAUCCUCUCGCCGGAGUCAGAGACGGAGGUGGCGCCGGCGGCGCCGGUGGAGCCCUUGGUGGUCCCUCCCCCUCCUCUCCCGAUCAAAUUGGAUCGGCGAAGUUUCCAUGGAUUCUCGUCGGUGGGCUCGCCGGAGCAGCCAUCUCCAGGGAACAGUGA